AUGUGUACUCGAAUUCAUACAUCUUAUAACAGCAAUGCAAUGAUGUAUCUUAAAUUACGUGAGGAAGGUUGUGAGAAGAACUCUGCUCGAAAAUUUUGUCGAAAACAAUUCUGUAAAGUAGGGUCACAUUAAAUUAGAUCGAUUAAACAUAAUCCUUUAUUGGACCACCUGGACACAAAAUAUUGAAAAUAAUGCCAGACAGACUAUUAGGCGAGAAAGGUUGGUAGCAUGGUUUCCUUAUGAAAUAUGAAUUGGGUGUUGGUUAUAAGGAAUCAGCAGGUAACUGUUUUUAUUGAUACAGAUUUAAAAGAAAAAUUUACACCUGCUGAAAUGGCCAUCCUUAAACAGUAUAAUGAAUAUGAAAAAAAGAAAAAUGCUGUGUUACUCUAAAAAAUGAUGGCUGUCAAAAAGUAUGCUGACUCUUUAAGACCUCCAAAAUUAGAUGUUUUUAGCAAAAGUUAUUUAGAAAGAGUAAAAAAAAUUUCAUAAGAACUAAGAGAGAGUUAAUAAAUACCUAAGAAAUACUUCGAGUUUGGUGACAUGAAAUUUUAUGCUCUUGUGGAUUAUUUCAGUAGACAAGGAUCAAAAUAAGAUUUGAUGCAUAUUAAUUUCGAUCCCAUUGUCAAAGAGGACAUUAAAUUAAAAUCAGAGAACACUCACAAAGUAAACACUGCUAGAACUUUUAGAAGGAUGGGAACCUUAAGUAAUAUUGAAAAGGAGGCUAAUUUUAUUAUGGCCCUAUAAUAAUAAGCUCCAUUAGGAGAAGAUUUAGAAAAAAUCAAACAGAAACCUGAAGUACUUUCGUUAUUAAAAUUGAAUCAUUAAAAAAUUGAUUUGGCUGAAGAAUUUAAUUCAACAUAAUAUCUAUUUACUCCUACUAAUGCAUAAACUUAAGAGAUAAAUUUAAUUGAAGAAGAUGUGAUGAAAUCUUUUGUAUAGUAGUUUUAUUCAAAAUAAUAUGAUGAAAGAUCCAAUUCAUUAUUGCCAUUUAAAAGAAACAUUAGAAUGAGAACUUAAGCGAAUAGUGAUUCAAAGAAAACACUUAAAAAACCAACUAAAAAAUUAAAAACUUACAGCAUUUCUUGA